CAUGUCGAUAAUCGAUUGGACAUCACUCGCAGUGGACACAGACGUCGGACUAGUGCGGUCGUGUUUGGUAUUUCGUAUUGUGCCGCCGCGUUCCGUGGUCGAAUGUUAAUGAAUGGAAAAUAUGAUUAUAAUAGGUGGGCGGCGUGGUCGGCCAUGGGGUGCUUUGGCUCACCAGGUGGUAAGAGCGGCGGCGAGGGUGACGACCUCAAGUCGCAGAAGCGCCGUAGUGAUGCUAUCACCAGGCAGCUGCAGAAGGAUAAGCAGCUGUAUCGCGCAACGCACCGACUGUUAUUACUGGGCGCCGGCGAGUCCGGCAAGUCGACGAUCGUCAAGCAGAUGCGGAUUCUGCACGUGAACGGCUUCUCGGACAAGGAGCGCCGGGAGAAGAUCGAGGACAUCAAGAAGAAUAUUCGAGAUGCGAUACUAACAAUCACGGGUGCAAUGAGCACCCUGACCCCUCCUAUUCCACUUGAAAAGCCGGAGAACAAGGCGCGCGUGGAUUAUAUACAGGAUGUAGCGUCGCAGCCCGACUUCGACUACCCGGCAGAGUUCUACGAGCACACGGAGGCGCUGUGGAAGGACCAGGGCGUCCAGCGCACGUACGAGCGGAGCAACGAGUACCAGCUCAUCGACUGUGCCAAGUAUUUCCUGGACCAGGUGCACAUAAUAAAGCAGCCGAACUACACUCCGACGGAGCAGGACAUACUCCGCUGCCGAGUGCUCACCUCCGGCAUAUUUGAGACGCAGUUCGUCGUCGACAAAGUCAAUUUCCACAUGUUCGACGUGGGCGGGCAACGCGACGAGAGGCGCAAGUGGAUCCAAUGCUUCAACGAUGUAACGGCGAUCAUCUUCGUGACCGCGUGCUCCUCCUACAACAUGGUGCUCCGCGAGGACCCCACGCAGAACCGCCUGCGGGAGUCGCUCGAUCUAUUCAAGAGCAUAUGGAAUAAUAGAUGGCUCCGCACGAUAUCGGUGAUCCUGUUCCUGAACAAACAGGAUUUGCUGGCGGAGAAGGUGAUGGCGGGGAAGUCGCGGCUGGAGGAGUAUUUCGCGGAGUUCGCGCGCUACCAGACGCCGCCCGACGCAGCGCCCGACCCGCGCGACCCGCCCGACGUCGCGCGCGCCAAGUAUUUCAUCCGCGAUGAGUUCUGGUUAUCACAGCGCAUCAGUACGGCGAGCGGCGACGGGAAGCACUACUGCUAUCCGCACUUCACGUGCGCCGUUGACACUGAGAACAUCAAGCGCGUGUUCAACGACUGCCGCGACAUCAUACAGCGCAUGCACUUGCGCCAGUACGAGCUACUCUAACGCUCGUACUCACGCCACUACGCACCACC